UGCAGUUGUGAUUGUUGGCGAAAGCCGGGAAUCACGCGAUAUUGUGCUCACACGUCGGGACUGUGGGCAAUUGCAACGAAUAUCCGAAACUCAUCGUUCAUACGAUGCAUUGCAAUACCCACUGAUGUUUUGGCAAGGAGACGAUGGAUAUUAUAUCAACAUCAAUAUGAUAAAUCCAUCGACCGGUGAGGAAACUACCAGGAAGGUCACCGGAAUGAAUUUUUACGCGUAUCGUUUGAUGAUUCGCCAAAAUGUUGACAACUAUUUGCUUCGAUUUCGCCGAUUAUUUCAGCAAUUUUGCGUCGAUAUGUAUGCCAAAAUAGAAGCGGAGCGCCUCCUUUUUAUCACUUUAAAUCAAACCAAACUACGUACGGAGCAGUACAUUCAUUUACGCGAUGCAAUUAGCACCGAAGGAAAUGCAUCUGAUUUUGGUCGGUUGACUACUUUACCGGCGACGUUCGUUCGCAGUCCACGUCAUAUGCAUGAAUAUACGCAAGAUGCAAUGACAUAUGUACGUCAUUACGGCCGUCCAGACCUGUUCAUCACCUUCGCGUGCAAUCCUAAGUGGAUAGAAAUUGUUCAACUGCUGCUUCCUGGCCAAACAUCAAGUGAUCGGCACGAUAUCACCGCACGUGUAUUCAGGCAAAAAAUCCGGUCGCUCAUGCACUAUAUUGUUGGACAUCGUGUCUUUGGGGAUACUCGAUGUUGGAUGUAUUCCAUUGAAUGGCAAAAAAGAGGCUUACCGCAUGCGCACAUUCUCAUUUGGUUAGUCGAAAGAAUACAGCCAGACCAAAUUGAUGACAUCAUAUUUGCCGAGAUUCCUGAUCCCGAAACCGAUCCAGACCUGCAUGAUGUCGUAAUUACAAACAUGAUUAAUGGACCGUGUGGCGCCAUUAACCCACAAUCACCGUGCAUGGUCGACGGCAAGUGUUCCAAGCGUUAUCCACAAAAUUUGACUGUUGAUACCAUCACUGGCAAAGAUGGUUAUCCACUGUAUCGACGUCGAUCUUCUGAUGAUGGCGUUAGUGUAUUAUGCAACCUCUCGAUGUCGGCGUUUCCAGUAUGA